AUGGUCAAGAUGCGCAUACCCAUUCGUGAGCAGCUCGGGUGCUUGGUCUUGUUGUCCUCUUUGAUCGGCCUGGCUGUCAUAGCGGUUGCAACGUGGAUCACCAACCACAACUUCGUGCUGGACGUUCGCUCGAAUGCGCUCUCGCUGAGAGCGUCGCUCAAGGCAGCACAGGUGGCCUCCAAUCUGCUUGUCAUGGAGACGUCUGUGCGCCAAACAGCCUCCCGUCUCGCAAUCCAAAGCGCCCUGCAACAUUACGAUGAUUAUGGUAAUAACUCAGCCGAUAACUGGUCGCGGGCAAGAGAUGACUUUGAUGCCAUCUUCACUGGGGAUGGAGAUGCUCGUUUGGCUGUCCAGGCCAAAUUGUAUCCCAAGAACUCGUCGGACAUAGCGCUCAUCGCCAUGACCAAAAACACCCUCCAGGGCCUGCAAUUGCCCUACGAUGGACCGAACGGUCAACCAGUACUAUUCGGUGACAAUUCCUCCUUCAUCCCAGAGCUCUACCCCAAGUUUCGAACCUACUCAAGAGGAGUUAAUGACUCUUUCGACCAAUGGUUCGCCGAAUACGACGGGAGGGCAAUCAACGCAAACAGCUUCUUGAUUAGCGGCCCGUAUGCUGUCAACGAUUCGCUCAGCCUCAUGUCUAUUACGAUGCCUAUCAUCAACAACACGUCCAGUAUUGACACGCUCGGAUGGUUGACCACUGUUUUGGACGCGAAUCUUAUUCAGAAAGUUGUCAACGCUCUAGAAGGCUUGGACGAGAGUGGGCUCACCAUGUUACUAGGCCCAAACAACGCUACGAAUACCUUCCCAGCCGGUGUCGUGUACAACGAGGAUGCGCCUGAACAUGAAUCGAUUCGGUUCGUGCUACCUCCUACAAAACGUGGCGCUCUGAAACGGCACGGCAAUAAUGACAACGCUGAGCCCGACGCACCCUUCGAUUGGACCAACUUUAAAACAGUUCGACAAGGUUUUACUAAACGAACCGGUGCAGCAAGUAACGCUGGGAGUGAUAUAUCUGUCAAGAACGAGUUGGGCAAUGAUGUUGCAGUCGGUUUUGCGUUAGUCCAAAGCUCCUUGGUGGACUGGAUGCUUAUGCUGGAGAUGUCACAUGGCGAGGUCUGGGCGCCAAUCAAUCACCUCCGCACUUUGAUCUUGGCCUGCGUUUUCGGCACUAUGGGCGCUUUAUUGCUUCUGGUGUUUCCCGUCGCGCACUAUUCCAGCCGACCCAUCCGGCGCCUCAGAGACGCGACUAAGAGGUCGGUGUCACCAGCUGUACUUGACGAGUCCAGCCUCGGUUCCGAAGCGGACGGAGCAGACGACGAUGGGGCUGAUGCAGCACUUGCCCGUAAAGAAGGCUGGAUAGGCUCCAUCAUUCAUUACCGUCGCAAUCAAAAAGCUAGCCGUGCUGAAAGAAGAGAAGCUGAAAGGAGACGGCAAUUCCGGAUCCCGUCAAAAGUAAAAGAUCGGAAACAUUUCAUUCACGAUGAGCUCACAGAUCUCACAAAGACUUUCAAUGAGAUGACCGACGAAUUGAUGAUGCAAUAUGAAAGGCUUGAAGAGAGGGUCCAGCAGAGGACGGCUGAACUAGAGCAAAGCAAGAAAGCAGCCGAAGCAGCUAACGAGAGCAAGACGUUAUUCAUCGCAAAUAUCUCGCACGAGCUAAAGACGCCAUUGAACGGCAUUCUAGGCAUGUGCGCCGUGUGCAUGUCGGAAGAUGACCCCAUCAAACUGAAACGAUCACUCGGUAUUAUCUACAAGAGCGGCGAUUUGCUUCUCAACCUAUUGACUGAUCUAUUGACUUUCAGGCAUGUAUCCUCACUUGGCCUAUUACCUGAUUCCACUGACAGCGAGAACAGCAAAAACCAAGUCGGUCAGCAGAUAAGUCUAGACGAGAAAGAAUUCCGGUUGCGGGAUAUCAGUUCGCAAGUCAUAGCCAUCUUCGAGCGACAAGCAAAGGAGGGGGGCAUCAACUUAAGUGUGCAAUUUGAAGGACCCUACGAUGCGAAUUUAGACGAGAGCGGUCGACCCACUGGGAAGGGAGAUCUUGGGCCUUUCGGUCUUGGUCGUCUUAAGGACAUGAUUCUCUAUGGCGAUCAACAUCGAAUAUUGCAGGUGGUCAUCAAUCUGGUCUCCAACUCCUUGAAAUUCACACCAGCAGGCGGUUCCGUCACCAUUUCCAUUCGGUGCCUGGGGGAAGCUCAAAUGUCGGACAGUAGGAAAGCUUCUCUACAGUCGAGACACAGCUCAACACGCGGCUCUAGGCGAGCUCGUGGUUCCAGUUCAGAGAUUGGGUCUAUAUCAGUAAAGGGCUCCCAGGACCGCUUCAACACCGCCAACGUCAUUAACGCACAUGACAAAGCGUUAGGAUACCAACACUUGAUGGGUCUAGAUCGAGCUCCAACGCCGCCCCCGGGUAGAUGGUUAGCAUUUGAAUUUGAGGUCCAGGACACAGGUCCCGGUAUCCCGGAGGACCUGCACGACAAGAUCUUUGAACCGUUUGUGCAAGGAGAUCUUGGUCUCAGCAAGAAAUACGGCGGCACAGGCUUAGGUCUCAGCAUUUGCUCUCAGCUGGCAGGGCUGAUGAAGGGUACCAUUUCACUCCAGAGUGAGGUUGGGGAAGGAAGCGUGUUCACCAUGGCUAUCCCUCUCAAACAUCUUACCAACCGUGCCGACAGCACAGCAAGCUCAAGCAACAUCAACCUUGGGUCUAAUAGCGGCCGCCAGAGCAUAUCUACAGAGGAUCCAAAUCAGCUGAUAAAGAACGAUGAUGCGCUCUCAGGUCGGUCAGUGCACUCAGCAAACAGUGUGCCCAUUGUAACAGGACCUGCGCCAGCGAGCGGACCGGUCACUUUCGAAAGCGACUCGAAGCCCCGCCUGGUAGGCCUAAGUCAGCCAUUUUUUGCGUCCAAUCCUCCCCUAGAAUCUCCGAAUUCUCAGCAAAAGGCAAUGGCGCGUGUGGAAGCCGAGGCGACCCAAAGGGGCGACAAAGUCAGGGUUCUUGUGGCUGAAGACAAUAAAACCAACCAAGAGGUCGUAUUGCGCAUGCUCAAGCUUGAGGAUGUGUAUGAUGUAACAGUAGCUAAAGAUGGCCAAGAAGCCCUGGAUAAGGUGAAAGAGAGCAUGGAGCGCCAGACUCCAUACAAUCUUAUCUUCAUGGACGUUCAGAUGCCAAACUUGGAUGGUCUACAAUCUACUCGACUGAUACGACAAUCUGGGUUUGACGCACCCAUUGUAGCUUUGACCGCUUACGCAGAAGAGCAGAACGUCAAAGAGUGCCUCGACUCUGGCAUGAAUUUCUUUUUGUCUAAACCCAUUCGCCGUCCAGCACUAAAGCAUGUGUUGAAGACCUAUUGCCCUCCUAUACCUGAGGAGGAGGAUGGAGAAACAACACCCCCACCUACGCAAGGCUCGGGAGCGAAAGCAAACGGAGGCGUCACUGCACCUGUGCAGGCGCGUCCACCCGCAACCAGUGGUGUUGUGAACACUCCUGUCGCAACUGUCGAACACAGAGAAUCUCCCGCGAUAUCCCCACUGACGCAGUCAUAG